UUCUAGCGUAUUAGCGUAAAGAAACAUUGUGGUGUUAUCCUCAUAACCUAUAUUGUGCUUGCCUCGUGAUAUAUAAGUAAAGAGAAAGGUUUUGAACUUAAUUAUAAGUGUUCUGUGCAACUACUACAAUGGGUAAAGUGCGAUCCACACCCGGGGCUCCCCGGAAGCAGGGGUUCAACAAGUCUGGGCACUCCAUGAACCCAGACAGGCCUACGGAAGGACUGAAGGGUGUCGGUAAUCCCAGAACGAAAGGUACCAUCAAGAGGUUGCAGAUGUACCGUAAUUUUAAAGCUAAAAGGGAUAAAACUGGGAAAAUCUUGACUCCAGCGCCAUUUCAAGGCUGGCUACCGUCGGGCACUCGAGCUCGCGUCGAACCAAACCAAAAGUGGUUCGGUAACUCUCGUGUCAUCUCACAGAACGCUCUGCAGAAGUUUCAAGAGGAGUUUGGAGCUGCAGUUAAAAAUCCUUACCAAGUUGUCAUGAAGCCUACUAACUUACCAAUCACAUUACUCAAUGAGAAUGCAAAGCAAGCCAGAGUACAUUUAUUAGACACUGAAGGCUUCGAUAAAACAUUUGGCCCUAAGAAACAGAGAAAACGUGUAAAUCUUAAGUUUGGUGACCUUGAUUCACUGUCAAAGGCUGUUGAAGAUAAUACUGAGAAAUAUGAUGAGAACAAAGAUAUAGAUAGGGUGCGAGAAGACACGGGUGUAAGAGAGGGACAGAGGGACUGGGUGUUUGGAGCCGGUAUGAGCAAGAGAAUUUGGAAUGAGCUGUACAAAGUAAUUGAUUCAUCAGAUGUAUUGCUGCAAGUUUUAGAUGCCCGUGACCCGAUGGGGACUAGGAGUCCCUUUGUUGAGAACUUCCUGAAAAAAGAAAAGGCUCACAAGCACUUAAUUUUCAUCCUGAACAAAGUGGAUUUAGUACCUAAUUGGGUAACACAGAGAUGGGUGGCUAUUCUCAGUGCAGAAUAUCCAACUAUAGCUUUCCAUUCAUCCUUGACACAUCCCUUUGGAAAAGGUUCACUGAUCAAUUUACUAAGACAGUUUGCCAAGUUGCACAUUGACAAGAAGCAGAUCAGUGUUGGACUAAUUGGCUAUCCAAAUGUUGGGAAAUCGUCUGUGAUCAAUACCUUGAGAUCAAAAAAAGUGUGUAAAGUAGCUCCCAUAGCCGGUGAAACUAAAGUGUGGCAGUACAUCACAUUGAUGAGGAGAAUAUUCCUGAUUGAUUGUCCUGGAGUUGUUUAUCCAUCAGCUGAAACAGACACAGAAAAGGUAUUGAAAGGUGUUGUUCGAGUAGAAUUGGUACAAAACCCUGAAGAUUAUAUUGAAGAGGUUCUUAAAAGGGUAAGGAAGGAAUAUUUGAUUAAGACUUACAAAGUUGAUGGUUGGGAAACGGCAACAGAGUUUUUAGAAAAGAUGGCUGCCAGGACGGGCAAAUUAUUGAAGAAAGGAGAGCCUGAUGUCAACCAAGUUGCAAGGAUGGUGCUUAAUGACUGGCAAAGAGGCAAGUUACCAUUUUAUGUUGCUCCUGAAGGAUUUGAAGUUCCUCUGUCAAAGCAGCCUAACAAUGAAAUACCCAAAGAGAAGCCUACAGUUGCAGAAAAGGAGCCUAAAGAAAAUACUGCAGAGGUAGCUUUUGAGCCUAAAGAUAAUGUGAAGGAAAAUGAAGAAAAGAGUGUAAUUUCUGUAAAUAAUUUGAUUAUAGCACAAGACUUUGCCAAAAUUCGAGUGGGUCUUAAAUUUGAUAAUGAUGAAGAUGUAAAACCACUUGAAGCUAUAAAACAUCCUGAAGAACAUAAAGAUAUUGAUGCUAAAAGUGACAAUGAAGAAUCACAAGAUGGUGAAGAUCAGAAUGAUGAUGGUGAUGAUUCCUCUGACAUCAGUGACUUUUACAGUAAUGAUGAAAAGGAUAUAAGUGAUGUUGAAGAUUAUUUGACUAAUGAUCCAGAAAAAGUCAAAGAAAUGAGGCGUAAGAAGCUUGAAGCAGCAAGUGGUGCUUUCACAGUGGAAGAAGUGGGAAAAGCAGGCAAGAAACGCAAGGGAGCACAAAACGAUGUUAUUGCAAAGAAGAAGAAAAUGACUGCCAAGGAAAGACGCGCUCUCGACAGAGCUCAACGCCGAACUAAGACAGGCAGCAACUUUUAUGAAGUCUCUAAUGUUAAGAAUAGGAACAGAGAUAAAAAGAAACCUGGUGUUUGAACUAAUUUGUUUAGUAAAUAAAUUAUUUAAACAACAA